AUAUUUGUAACCCAAGUAAUGUACUUUAAAGUAAUUACAUUUAUUGAAAUUCAGUAACUGUAAUCUGAUUACAAGAAAUUUAAAAUUUAAUGUAUCACACUAUUUGUGCCUGAAAUUAGAUUACAGUAACAUUACUUUGUAAUCCGAUUACACCAAUCAUUGUUAAGGAUACAUAUAAAAUUGUAUAGAGUGUAGUGCACUGUGGACAUGGAGGACAGUUCCAACAAAAAUAGAAAUGGAAACAAAACAGUAGCAGAUAUUUCUGUGUACACUUGAAUUUAAGCGUACAAUGAAUGGUGUUUUUUGGACAGCUCUACUAGACUAUUGGUUUUAAAUUGCUGACAUGACAUCUUGUGGUGAGUGAGAGAAACUGCAGCUCAAUAAUGCAGUAUUCCUACUUGGAAACAGAGUAUGGAGGAUACUGUCAGUAUCUCUGUUUAUUAAUUUACUUUUCUCUGAAUUUGUGUUUUGUGCAGUAACUGCACAGAGGGCACCUGUGAUGGCUGCUCCUUCCAUUUCUUGUGGUGCUCCCAGCAUGCCUGUCCUCUGUUCUGAGAGGAACUAUAAAGAGAUUGUGAGUGCCUGUAUCCAAAGAAUUCAGGUGUAUCGACUCACAACAUAAUAAACCUCAUAAUGACUGAAGGAGAAUGACUCCAGCCGCUUAUCCUAUGCAGGGUUGUGGGUAGUGCUGGAGCCUAUCUCAGCUGUCUCGGGGCCUAAACUAUUUUGAAGAAAUCCAUCCAUCCAUCUUCUAUAGCCGCUUGACCUAUGUAUGUGUGGCAGCAGCCUCUGAGGUGCACGGGCGGGGUGUCGCUGCCCCCACAGAAGGCUGCAGUACAAGUACUCUAAGCUAAUGAUGACUACAAGAGAUAAGGAGUGUGAACUCCCAGCUGCAGAUAGCUAUGCCAUCAUGGAAGGAGAAGAUGCAGAGGAUGACCUCAUCUACCUCUCAAAGAAAUCAUUUUUCACUAAGACCAAGUCAUAUUCAAGAGAGAAAACCGGCCCCUCAGCUCUACCAGCCACUUCCUCUGAUGAGAUCCAGGUUAGCAGCGAUACAGGGUUUACAGAGAAACACAGCCUGACCUUUAUAACCCAGAUGCCAGUGGUCAAUAUGACCUCUGACUCCUGUGUUCUGCCAACCAUCAAGAGCAUCUGACUGUAUAAUUCAUACAGCACUGUAUAUUAUUCAAAUUAUAAAAGAAAAACCAUCCAAGAAAAAGUAUAAUGGA